CCCUGGCGUUCCCCUCCCCCGCGUCGUCGUCUCUUCUCUCCCCAAAAGGAUCCCCCAAACCCUACCGCCGAUCCGGGCCCAGAUCGCCAUGGCCGCCCCCAACAGCAACGACGCGGCCAGCGCCAGUGGCACCGGCCCGGCUGGUGAGGAGGACAUCUCCAUCGAGGCGUUGGCGCGGCGCGUGCAGGAGCACAUGACCCUCAGUUCCAACCCCGCCGCUCGCCGCCACAAGUUCUGGGAAACGCAGCCCGUCGGCCAGUUCCGCGACGUCGCCGACACAUCGCUACCGGACGGCCCCAUCGAGCCGCCCACGCCACUCUCCGAGGUGCGCGCCGACCCCUACCCGCUACCCGCCGCCUUCGAGUGGCUCACCUGCGACCUCGAUGACGACGCGCUCCUCGCCGACCUCUACUCGCUGCUUGCCCACAACUACGUCGAGGACGACGAGAACAUGUUCCGCUUCAACUACUCUCCGGCCUUCCUCCGCUGGGCGCUCAAGCCGCCGUCCUUCUUCCGGGCCUGGCACAUCGGCGUUCGCGCCAAGGAGUCCAAGAAGCUCGUCGCCUUCAUCUCGGGCGUCCCGGCCCGCAUCCGCGCUCGGGACGACGUCGUCCGCAUGGCCGAGAUCAACUUCCUCUGCGUCCACAAGAAGCUCCGAUCCAAGCGCCUGGCGCCCGUGCUCAUCCGGGAGGUCACCCGCCGCGUCCACCAGGAGAACAUUUGGCAGGCUGCAUACACCGCGGGGGUCGUCCUCCCAACCCCCAUCACCACCUGCCGCUACUGGCACCGAUCCCUCAACCCCAAGAAGCUUAUCGAUGUUGGGUUCUCUCGCCUUGGUCCACGCAUGACAAUGAGCCGCACGGUCCGGCUAUACAAGCUGCCUGACGCGCCGCUCACCCCUGGGUUCCGCAGAAUGGAACUGCGGGAUGUUGCUGCGGUCACACGGCUGCUGAGGGCUUACCUUGCGAGGUUCGUGGUGGCACCGGAUUUUGAUGAGGUGGAUGUGGAGCACUGGCUGCUGCCGCAAGAGGAUGUCGUGGACAGCUACCUUGUGGAGAGCCCUGAGACGCAUGAGGUCACGGAUUUCUGCAGCUUUUACACGCUGCCCUCGUCGGUGCUGAACAAUGCUAACUAUGCAACGCUCAAAGCCGCAUACUCAUAUUACAACGUCUCUACCAAAACUGCAUUGCAGCAGCUGAUGAAUGAUGCUCUGAUUGUUGCCAAGCAGAAGAAUUACGAUGUGUUCAAUGCUCUCGAUGUCAUGGAGAAUGAGUCGUUCCUCAAGGAGCUCAAGUUUGGUCCUGGAGAUGGGCAGCUCCACUAUUACCUCUACAACUACCGUAUUCGCAAUGGCAUCAAGCCCUCUGAGCUUGGUCUUGUGCUACUAUAGGGCAGUCUAAUCAGGACAGUCCUGAGUUUACACCUUCCCUUCCGCAGCAGGUCUCAUUGUGCAAUCCCAGUGGUUUCUCAUUUUGCCUACUGUGGUAGUGAUUCUCCUUGAUAUGAUUGCCAUGGUCACUGAUAGGAGUCCCAAGAUGAUUUGCAAACAAGGGAGACUGGAAUUAGAGAUAUCCUUUCCUCAAUUUAAGGUUACUGUUCCCAUUAGUGACAUUUCGCGUGCAUCGUCCACAAUGUGUAUGCUGGCACCGAUUUUACCGAGAAAUUUUGAUGUGUAUUCGAAGUUGUUUGUGUGCUGUUGUGCUAUGUCUGCACAUGUAUGGAUGUCUUGAUGCUAGAACUGCUGCCACAGCUCCUUCAGCCCUACCCAAAUUUUGAUGGUUUCUUUUUAUUAUGAACAAGUUCUAUUAGUUUGCC